UUUAUCCAGCUACACCUGGCUACUUCUGAUGGCCUGGAGUACUUCAGGCCGAUAAGGCAAGCUGAUCCUUGUUACAAGUUGCAUUUCCACAGGCCUCCUGGACUCUCAUGUUUGGUGAUGGGACUAGAAGAACAAGCUUCCAGUUCUUGUGUUUUAUUCAUUAAAACCUCAUGCAGAUUUGACCCCGUACAUCAUGGAGUGCUGAGUUAAAUGGACUCAGUGACAUUUGAGGAUGUGGCUGUGAACUUCAGCCUGGAAGAGUGGGCUUUACUGGAUUCUUCUCAGAAGAAACUUUACAGAGAUGUGAUGCGGGAAACCUUCAGAAACCUGGCCUCAAUAGAGAAAAAAUGGAAAGAUCAUGACACUGAAGAUACAUACUACACCCAGGGGAGAGAACUAAGAAGUCAUAUGGUAGAAAAACCUUGUGAAAGCAAAGAGGGUCAUCAGUGUGGAGAAACCAGCAGCCAGACUCCAGAUCUUAAUCUAAACAAGAAAACGCCUUCUGGAGUAAAGCCACCUGAAGGUCAUCGGUGUGGAGAAGCCAUCACCCCAAUUCUAGAUCUUGAUCUGAACAAGCUAAGUCCUUCUGGAGUAAAAACACCUGAAGAUCAUCAGUGUGGAGAAGCCAUCACCCCGACUCCAGAUCUUAAUCUGAACAAGAAAACGCCCUCUGGAGUAAAACCAUGUGAGUGUAGUGUGUGUGGAAAAGUCUUCGUGCGUCAUUCAUCCCUAAAUAGGCACAUCAGAUCUCACACCGGACAUAAGCCAUAUGAGUAUCACGAAUAUGAAGAGAAGCCAUAUAAGUGUAAGGAAUGUGGGAAAGCCUUCAGUUACCGCAAAUCUGUUCACAGACACGAAAGGACUCACACUGGAGAAAAACCCUAUGAAUGUCAGGAAUGUGGGAAGGCUUUCACGUGGCUCACAACUUUUCGAAGACACAUGAUAACUCACACAGGAGACGGACCUUACAAAUGUCAGGAGUGUGGGAAAGCUUUCAGUUGUUCUACUUCAUUGCGAACCCACGAACGGACUCACACUGGAGAGAAACCCUAUCAGUGUAAGCAGUGUGGUAAAUCCCUCAGGUCCCCUCUGGGUUUGCGAAUACAUGAAAGAAAUCACACUGGAGAGAAACCCUAUGAAUGUAAGCAAUGUGGUAAAGCCCUCAGUUGUCCCAGUUCCUUUCGAAGACAUGAAAGGACUCACACUGCAGAGAAACAGUAUGAAUGUAAACAAUGUGAGAAAACCUUCAGUUCUCCUCUAGGUUUGCGAAUACAUGAAAGAAUCCACACAGGAGAGAAACCUUAUGAAUGUAAGGAAUGUGGGAAAGCCUUCAUUUCUCUGUCAAGCAUUCGAACACACAUGAUAACACACACUGGAGAUGGACCUUAUAAAUGUAAGCAAUGUGGGAAAGCCUUCAUUUGUCCCAGUUCCUUUCGCUCUCAUGAAAGGACUCACACUGGAGAGAAACCCUAUGAAUGUAAACAGUGUGGUAAAACCUUCAGUUGGCCCAGUUCCUUCCGAAUACAUGAAAGAACUCACACUGGAGAGAAACCUUACGAAUGUAAGGAAUGUGGCAAAACCUUCAUUUAUCGCACAACCUUUCAGGGACACAUGAGGAAGCACACUGGAGAGAAACCCUAUAAAUGUAAAGAAUGUGGGAAAGCCUUCAUUUCUCCCUCAAGCGUCCGAACACACAUGAUAAUGCACACUGGAGACGGACCUUACAAAUGUAAGGAAUGUGGGAAAGCCUUCAAUUUUCCCAGUUCAUUUCGAAUACAUGAAAGAACUCACACAGGAGAGAAGCCUUAUGAAUGUAAACAGUGUGGUAGAGCCUUCAGCUGUUACACGUCCUUUCGAACACAUGAGAAAACGCACACUGGAGAAAAACCCUAUGAGUGUAAGGAAUGUGGAAAAGCCUUCAUUUAUCGCACUACUUUUCGAGGACACGUGAGAAUGCACACUGGAGAGAAACCGUACAAGUGUAAAGAAUGUGGGAAAGCCUUCAGUCGUCCCAACUCAUUUCGAAGGCAUGAGAGGUCUCAUACUGAAUAGAAACCUCUUGAAUGUAAGCAGUGUGGGAAAAACAUCAACUGACCUUCAUCCUUACAUGUGAAAACCCCCGCUGGAAAGAAAUCCAACAAAUAUAAGAAAGUCUGAUACAAGUUAAUCCGUGUAAAAUGUUCCAGAAAACUAACAUGAAAGAAUCACUAUGAAAGUUAUAAAUAUAUCAUCACUGCCUCAUUCUUAAAGUGGGUCUCUGGACUGUGGAUAUUUACUACUUUCAAAAAUGAACACUGAGGUGAGAGAAUUCUGUAAGUACUCUUAUUACUGUUGUUUAAAAAUUAAUAGAUAUUUGCUUUCUCCUUAAAUCAUUUAACAUUUUUCUCUUUCCAUUUUGGAGUUAGUUUGAUCCAUGGGUGGUUUCUGAAUGUGCAAAUAGGUUUAAUUUUUAUGUAAUGUUUUAAUCGAAUUAUCGAUAAAUGACAUUUUGGUAUUUGUUGGGAUUUUCCUACUGGCCUCCUGUGUGUCAGCUACUGGAUAUCCAUUACCCAUCAUAUAUUCCAUUUUUCUUAGGAGAAAAGCAGUUCUUGCUUUGGCUAGAAGAGCCUUAAUUCCAUUUUCCUUGCUAAUAAAAAAGAUGGCAUAAAUUUGUAAACAUGCAGUUUAUUAUGAAGUAUAGUCUGAUCAAUUAUUUCCAUCUUUUGGCCUUUGCCAAUCCUUCUCGCUGAGAUUUGAAUCAUCAAUUUUGCAUUAAGACAGAAUGAUGAUUGGAUAAUAAAAUGUAGAAUUGGAGAUGGCGCUCCUAAAUUGUGUUUUGUCACCUGGGUAAUGUGACAUUUUCGAGAUUCUGUUUCCUUUGUGAUUCUAUACCUGUAGCCUCCUUUGCGUGAGACUUGGGAGGCAGGAGUACAGCAGGCAUUAGGUUUCAGAGCCACCGUACAGACAGAAGCCAUAUAGGAGCUUUGAGGAUACCUGCUUGCAGCCUGUUUUCCUGAUCCCUUGCCCUGCCAGUCAGGAGUGUCCUCAAAACCACAGUUAACUGCUCGACUUCCAUUUCUCAGAGGUGCAGGUUUCCACAUACACCUUCACAAGUUCCACAUCAAAGAUCCAUCACAGUUUGGAUUUUCCUGCCAGCCCCCACGUGCCCACCAGCCAAUUAAUUUGAACUUUCAUGGUUGGGAGUGUUCUCUGUUGCUCACUUUCCUCUCCUCUAUACUAUUCACUUAAGAUCUAAUUUGUGUAGUAAACACCUUGUCUUGGUAACACUGCCAGUGACCGUGUAUUCCUGAUUCCACUGUGAUAGCUACAGUGACGCAGUCCACAAGAGCCACCCUGGACUUUGUUCCUCUGCUGUGCUGUGCAGUGACUGCUCUGACCCUGUCCUUCCCUGUGAGAACUGGCACCUUCCUCAUAUCAGGCAGAUGAUGGAUGUUUCUCUUUUCUCACAGCUGUGCAUAAUUCCUCAGUAUGUUUUCAAGUAUGUUUGUAUGUGAUUAAAAGCAAUGCAUUUGUCAAACAAAA